AUGACUUUCACCAGAUCUCGUACUUCUCUAGUUUUCCCUUACCACCUGCGUGACACUGUAAUUUCACGUUGUAAUGAUUUUGUUUUGGAUCUUGGCUUUAAAUUUACUAGCAAUCUUGACCCGAGCCUUCACAUUGAAAUGAUUUGCUGUUCUGCUUUAAGAACAUUGGGCUUUGUUAUGAGGUUGGCUAAAGACUUUGGCCUUAAAUCAUCUCUUAGGGCCCUCUAUUGUUCUAUUGUACGGCCUAUACUUGAGUAUGGUGCCGUAAUUUGGGACCCGCAUACUGCUGUUAAUGCUUAUCAGUUAGAAAGGGUUCAGCGUAGGUUUUUCCGGUUUGCCAGCUAUCUACUGGGCAUUGAUUGUCCACCUCAUGACUACGCACCUGUUGCCACUAAUCUUGGUUUAGUUACUUUAGCUGAGCGCCGAUGUAACUUUGAUUUGGACGAUCGUGACGGCCUCACACACCACUCGGUUGAAUGGCUGGAUGCAAAACAGAUGACACCAAAUCCUAUGUCUGACAAUGUCCAGCAACCAGACGAGGGUUAG